UGCGUGCGGGCACCGCGGCCGCCCGCAGAGCCAUGGAGCUGCCCGGGGGGGCCAACGGCACCGCCUGGGCCGCCUUCCCCAACCAGAGCGCCAACGACACGGGGCCGUACCGGGCCAAGAACGCCACCUCCAUCCUCAUCGCCAUCGUCAUCACCGCGCUCUACGCCGUGGUGUGCGUCGUGGGGCUGCUGGGCAACGUCCUGGUCAUGUACGGCAUCGUCAGGUACACCAAGAUGAAGACAGCUACCAACAUCUACAUCUUCAACCUGGCCCUGGCAGACGCGCUGGCCACCAGCACGCUGCCCUUCCAGAGUGCCAAGUACCUGAUGGAGACUUGGCCCUUCGGGGAGCUGCUCUGCAAAGUCGUGCUCUCCAUCGACUACUACAACAUGUUCACCAGCAUCUUCACCCUCACCAUGAUGAGUGUGGACCGCUACAUCGCCGUGUGCCACCCGGUCAAGGCCCUGGAUUUCCGCACACCAGCCAAGGCCAAGAUCAUCAACGUGUGCAUCUGGGUGCUCUCCUCCAUCAUCGGGGUGCCCAUCAUGGUCAUGGCAGUCACCAAGUCGAAAGCAGAUGGGAUGGUGCUGUGCACUCUCCAGUUUCCGGAUCCUCCCAUCUACUGGGACACCGUGACCAAGAUCUGCAUCUUCAUCUUUGCCUUCAUGGUCCCCAUCUUGGUCAUCACCAUCUGCUAUGGGCUCAUGAUCCUUCGCCUGAAGAGCGUCCGCCUCCUUUCAGGCUCCAAGGAGAAAGAUCGCAACCUGCGACGCAUCACACGCAUGGUGCUGGUGGUUGUGGCAGCCUUCAUCAUCUGCUGGACGCCGAUCCACAUCUUCGUCAUCGUCUGGACCCUGGUGGACAUAGACAAGAAGAAUCCCUACGUGGUGGCCAGCUUGCAUUUCUGCAUCGCUUUGGGUUACACCAACAGCAGCCUCAACCCCGUCCUUUACGCUUUCCUGGAUGAAAAUUUCAAGAGGUGUUUCCGAGAGUUUUGCCUGCCUUUCCGGGCCCGGAUGGAACAAAACAGCUUCUCCCGAGCCAGGAACACCAUGCGGGAGCGGGUCUCCACCUGCGCCCCGUCUGAAGCCCUCAACAAGCCGGCAUGACUAGGCGUGGAAAGCCACCAGCGGGGCUGCCGGGGCCGGAGAGGGGACGACCUGCCCUCGGAAGUGACUCAGGUCACCACCACGGAGCUCUAGCCGAGCCGGCGCGGGGAGCGGUGGCACAGGGACUACUCGAGAACGUCACUGCUUUUGUUCAGACCGAAAACAAGUGACUGCAAAGACUUUUUUUCCCCCCAGUGCGUCUGGGACAGUGGGGAAUCGGGAGUCGCAGAGCAACAAGGGGAAAGGACCCGAACCAGAACCAACCUGCCCGUGCGGAGCCCGGACGCCCACGGCAGGACCCCAGCCCCUCCGCUGCUGCUGCGCCUGGGGAAAGCCGGCAGCCCAGGUCCCCCCGGCCAGAGCUGUCUCCGAACACGUAGCUAACGGCGAAGCCCAAACAGCCUUUGAUGCCCUGACUGCAAACUGCAAAGCCGUCUCCACCGCGUGCACCCGAUAUUUAGGAUGUCCUUCCAGCAUCACCACGCGGUGGGAACAGCCAAGGGCAAAACCCACCGUCCCGACGGCCCCGCUGCAACCU